CUUGGGCCUGGUACAGGUGCCUGUUGGGUAAGCAGAGAGUAGGAGUUCUCCACACCUCCCAGAGAAGGUCUCAGUGGGCCCUGCCCCAAGCUCCUAACUCAGGACUUCAGUUUCCUGCCGAGGAGAAAUAAGACAGGGAGUGGGUCUGGUCUCAGCUCUGGCGCUCUGCCUCUCCAUGUGCUCAUGGCCCCUCCCAGCCUGGUGCUAAGCAGUGUCAUGAGUCUGGACCCAGCCGAAGAUUAACUCUUGGGCAUGGGAGUACUUUAGGCAUGAAGGGGGAGGAAUGGCAGGUCUAAGGUCACCAACAAAGAGGGGCAGCAGCCAUCCUUGACACAUCUCUCCUCCUGGGAAUCGAUGACAGCGGUGGUCAGGAACCCUGGCUGGAAAAGAUAGCCAAGAAAUGGGUCCUGGUAUGCCUGGCCUAUGCCAAUCGCUGGCUUCAGCUGGCAGGCUCCAGCUUUUCAGGCACCUCCUCCCAGCCCUCCCGCAGUCCAGCUCACAUACCUCUGGUAAUCAGUCUACUGGCUGCGGACUUUGGCCUUAGCUAUAGCUCGUGUGGGAGCCUGGGAAGACUGAGAGCAGUCUCUCAAACAAGCAAAAGAAGUGUCCAGUAUUGUACCUUCCAGCUUUCUCCAGAGAAGGUAAGCAAGAUACUGGAAACCGGGAUGCUAGGAGAAAACUUGCAAGAUUUUACAUGUAUUGACAACUCAAAGCUUUAAGCUUUUAAUGUGCUUCGUCACAUAUGCUCCCCUUCGAUCCUCCACAACUCCCCGGUGUGUGUGAUGGGUGUUAGUCACCGUUGGCAGAUGAGAAAACAGGUUCAGAGGCUCAGUGAGAUGCUCGGCAUUACACAGUAAGUUUGGAGCCACAAGGACUGAAAUGCAGGACUCUUUGUGUUUCCUAAAACAAGGUCCAGCUUACAUUUAGAGAGUUCAGAUGUCCCUGGUUUAGCAGGAGAGAAGAGAUGACAGCAAACAAGAAGAUCCGGCUCAUUCGGUUUUCACUGAGUUGGCCAUUAAUAUAUGGUCUUUCCAGAUCGUUUGCUUUCCCAAAUGAGGUGUAAUUUGUCUUUUAUCUGUCAAGCAGAUUAUUCCUCAAAAUGCUGGGACCAGAGACUAAUAGGGAGGAUAUUAGGUGCCAGAGUAAACUAGACAAGUUUUUCUACCCAGCCUUAGCUGUCACCUGCAGGUCACUUGGACUGCAGCCAUGUGGCUGCCCCUACUGCUGGGAGUCUUGCUCUGGGUAGCACUGUGGGUGCUCAGAGACCAGCGGAGCCUGCCCCCAAGCGACGCCUUCGUCUUCAUCACUGGUUGUGAUUCAGGCUUCGGGCGGCUUCUGGCACUGAGACUGGAUCAGAGAGUCUUCCGAGUGUUGGCCAGCUGCCUGACCCCAUCAGGGGCAGAGGACCUACAGCGGGUGGCUGACACCCUACUGGAUGUCACUGAUCUCCAAAGUGUCCAGCAGGCAACCAAGUGGGUAGAAACACAUGUUGGGGAAACAGGGCUUUUUGGUCUGGUGAAUAAUGCUGGUGUGGCUGGUAUGUCUGGGCCCACACCGUGGCUGGCCCGGAAUGACUUCCAUGAGGUGCUGAAUGUGAACACACUGGGCCCCAUCAGCGUCACCCUUGCCCUGCUACCCCUACUUCAACAGGCCCGGGGCCACGUGGUGAACAUCACCAGCAUCGCGGGUCGCUUGGCAGUCUUUGGUGGGGGCUACUGUGUCUCCAAGUUUGCCCUGGAGGCCUUCUCAGACACCCUGAGGCGGGACGUCACUCCUUUUGGGGUACGAGUCUCCAUCAUAGAACCCGGCUUCUUCCGAACUUCUAUAACAAAACCGGAGAGUUUAGGGAGUACCCUGUCAGCCUACUGGGCACGGCUGCCUCCAGCCACGCAAGCCUGUUAUGGGGAGGCCUUCCUCACCAAGUACCUGAAAGUGUGGAAGCGCUUCCUGAACCUGAUCUGUGACCCGGACCUGACCAAGGUGAGCAGGUGCGUGGAGCAUGCCCUGACUGCUCGUCACCCCAGAACUCGCUACAGUCCAGGCUGGGAUGCCAAGCUGCUCUGGCUGCCAGCCUCCUACCUGCCAGCCAGCCUGGUGGAUGCUGUGCUCACCUGGGUCUUUCCCAAGCCUGCCCAGGCAGUCUACUGAAUCUAGCCUUCCAGCAAGAUUGUUCAAGUGCAAGAACUUUAUUUGUCCACACCCUGGUACUGCCUGGUGUCUGGCACAAAAUAGGCACUCAAUAAAAGUUAGUGGACAGAAAUGAAGGUACCCCAUUUAAAUGCUUACUACCCUAGGCUGACGUGGCCCAGGAUAACUGGCCUGUUUAGUGCUGACAAAACGACUAGCACCCACUGGGGGGCGCAAGGGGGCUAUCUUGCAUCUCCAGGUGAUCUUUGAAGCUGCACCUAAAGAAAUGGCCAGUAGAGGGCACUGUUGGACGUUUCCUUUAUUUUCUACAUGGAGUAAUGUUGCAAUUCAGAGUUUGGAGUGGGAAUGGCCGUUAUGUUUUUUGAGGGGCAAGGGAAGGUGGUGAGGAGGCGUCGGGGCCAGGCUGGGUGGUCUCCAUGGCAAAAAGGCAGUACCUACUUAAAUUCUCUAUAAUCUAAGACAAGAAGGAUGGACGCUGGCCACACAGAUGUCAAAGCAACCUAUCACCACCCUGAAAGGAGCCAGGCCCCUGAGCAGGGGAGGGAAUUGCCAGGCUCUCAGAAGCAGACGAAAAGCCAGGGAGAAGAUGUCCAUGGUAGUCCUGGGCUGGCCUCUCCCAGGUAGGGCCUUUGUGGGGAAUCUUUUUGACUUUUGCAGGAAAUGGCUUCAUGAAUGCUACAGCACUGAGCCUGGCAGCACACGACUAGGAGACAGGGAGGGCAGUGGGACACAGCCUCCUCCCAAUCCCCGCUUCCACCGCCAGCCCAACCAA